CGAACCUGAACUCAUUCAUCCCUUCUACCUCCCUCUCGUCCCCGACACUCAUAACCGCUUGCUCUGCUUCUUCCUGGACCUCACAUUCGUAGUGGGACAUGCGCCAACAACACGCCCGGUAAAGACAUAUCACUCCCCACAGCGCGACUAUGCGCCGCAAAGUCCUCCUCGGCGUCAUCGCCCUCGCCUUCUCCUCUCCCGCCUUCGCUGGCACCAAGUACCCUUCGGGACUGAUCGUCCAACAUCUCUCCGGCCCCGACCACUGCGAUCGCCCCACGCGCCCGCAAGAUACCAUCUCGGUGCACUACAAAGGCACCCUACAAUCCGAUGGCUCACUCUUCGACGAGAGCUACAAGCGCGGCAAGCCUUUUGAAUUCACCAUCGGAGCCGGUCAGGUCAUCAAAGGAUGGGACGAGGGACUGCUAGGGAUGUGCGCGGGCGAGAAGAGGAAGCUGACUAUCCCGCCUGAGAUGGGUUAUGGAAGUCAUGGCGCAGGAGGCGGCAAGAUACCAGGAGGCGCAACCCUCAUAUUCGAGACGGAGCUGCUGAAGAUUGUCCACGAGAGUACUCUGCCGCCUACCACAUCUCUGCCUACAGGAGAGCCCUUCCCUGAUGAUGCUGAUACCAAGCCCGCCUCGCCCGCCAGCAUGGACGAGGCAGACACACUGCCCGAUCCUCUGAUGGCGGUUCAUGAUAAGGAAAAGGGCAAGGGCAAGGGUAAUGGAGGUGGAGGAGCCCCGACUGAUGGCCCUCCCGAGGAAGCGCAUUGCAAUCUUCUGGGCAAAUUCGCCCUUUUCGUACAGGGCGCUCUCGGUGCCCUGGCCGUACUCACCCUGGUCUUCAAGCGGUGGCGAGAAACGCACAAACGACCCUGGAAAAUCUUCUUGUUCGAUGUGAGCAAGCAGUUGCUGGGUUCCAUGCUCACCCACGGCCUCAACUUGCUCAUGAGCACCAUGGGCGCCGUGGAUGUGGCUAAUGCAGCUGCUACUGUGGCCACUACCAUAGAUUCUGCCGACGAUGAUGGCAAAAGGCCCAACCCGUGCUCAUUCUACCUGCUGAACCUUGGCAUUGAUACCACCCUUGGUGUGCCUGUGCUCUAUUUCCUCCUCAAAAUCCUCCACGCCGCCUUCCUUCGCACCCCCUUGGCGAAUCCUCCCGAGUCCAUCAAGUCAGGAAACUAUGAUAGCCCCCCACGCAUUACCUGGUACCUCAAGCAGCUCCUCAUCUACUGCAUCGGCCUCAGUCUGAUGAAACUCUGCGUCUUCUUCCUCUUCCUCGCCAUGCCCUUUUUGCCUUGGAUAGGCGAUUGGGCUCUGCGCUGGACAGAAGGUAACGAAGCUCUGCAGAUUGUGUUUACCAUGUUCUUGUUCCCACUCGCCAUGAAUGCUUUACAGUACUGGAUCAUUGACAGUUUCAUCAUGGACAAGAAGAAUGCCGCGGACACGGAGCAGAAAUACAGCCGUGUUGACGACGACGAAGAAGACGGAGGCGUUGACGAGAGGAGUCGCUUGACUCAUGUCGAUGAUGAAGAUGAUGAGCAGGUGACGGGGAAGGACAGCGGAGUGGUCCAGACUGAGAUCGCGUAUGACGCGCCAUUGAAGGAGAUGAAUCCUACGCCCAUACCCAUCGAGGAGGAUGACGAUGAGGGAAAAGCUGGGUCUAGUCGACGCAGUUCGCCCCGAUGACAUGGUCCGCCAGGUGUCGUGACUAGAGUCUCUUGUGCAAGGCGUUGGGGAAUUGGGACAUUUUUGGAUUACAUGUGCGCCGGAUAUGACUGAACGACAGCACCAUUAUUUUUUCGGGCAUCUCGCGAAGAAGACAUGAAAUACAGAUUAUUCUGAGAUGCAGCUUUCGCUAUAGAAGUUCGCUCCAAGUCUCGCGUAUUGGAGCUCAUGCCUGCCUAGGUUAAGAAGUGAAAAGAAAGAGAAAAACAAUCCAUCAUUUCACUUGAGAUCGGAGCUCGACUUGUGCAAAUCAUUCAUCGUCAUUCAUCAUUUCAUCAACUCUGAGCCAGUCUUGCAUACCUGAUCUUUCUAUCAUGAACAGAACAGGACAAAACAGGAACGAACGCUGUCAAAUGAAUCUACUUCUUC